AUGCAAUCCACUGGCUCCACCUCACUCCCCAUUCAAUUGGAGAGAAGCAAGAUUGCAGUCAAAGAUGGACCUUCCAAACCACAAACGGAAGGCAUGGACAGAGAAAUGGAAGUGGAACCAAUCCCCAAUUCCACUGCUUUGAUCAUUCACCAAGAAAUGAAACUCUUACCCCAGACAGAGCAAACUACACCACCCAAAACAUGGAAAAGGAUUGGUCCAAAAACUGGCAGAUUGCAAAGAAUGGAAAGUAGCACUAAAAUAAUCAUUCCACAUGCCAUUGGGAUUAAAGAGGUUUGCUCUGGUUUAGAUGGGAUAGGAUAUGGUUCUGUUGGUAACUGUUGUGGGAUUGUGGUUAACUGA